CGACUUUAUAAGCUCGGGGAGCCGUUCUCUGAGCCAGACUGUCCGGCGAGAUGCUACCUUGGAGAAGAAGUAAGUUCGUGCUCGUAGGCGAUGAGGACAAAGGGAAGCAGAAAAGCCUUGCCUCUGGCUUCUUGUACAACUCUCUUAUCUCAUCUUUUGUGCGCUCAUGUCCGGAUUUGCUGCCAGACUACCCGCUAGAGCGCCUGGGCAGUGUCUUUAGAAGCAAGCGGCACAAAGUGGAGAUCAAUAAGGAUGACCCGACCUACACUGUUCGCUAUCUGGGCAACGCCGUGACCCUGAUGGCCAAGGGUGAGGGCUGUACAGACGAGGCGGUUUGCAAGAUCUGGGUGAAAAGCGAGUACGGCGGCCAGAGCAGCAAGAUGAAACUGACCCUAGGUCCGCAAGGCAUUCGCAUGAGCCCGUCAGACUCGAGCUCAAAGAAGGCCGGUCACUUCUACCUUUUGCACCGUAUCACGUAUUGUGCCGCCGAUCCACGCAGACCCAAAAUCUUCGCCUGGGUGUAUCGGCAUCAAGUCAAAAACAAGGCGGUGGUGUUACGCUGCCACGCCGUGCUGCUGUCCAGGGCGGACAAAGCUCGAGACAUGGCUAACACUCUCUACCAGACAUCUACGGCGGCCUUUAACGAGUUUAAGCGACUCAAGAGGCAAAACGACUUCCGACGCAGGCAACAGCAACUCUUGGGAGAAGACAUCGUGCCAUUGGAACCUCUCCGGAAACUUCUGAAAAGCCAGUGCUCUUACCGACCGCCGGCGGAGAGAAGCCGAGGGGCAGCUAGACUUAGCGCCAUAGCCGAGGAAGAGGAGGAGGACGAGGAAGAGAAGCGGGACGAAGCGACUCUCGUGCUGCGAGAGCUGGAUAUUUGCCCCUGCUGUCGUAAGAAAGAAGGCGAGCUACACAAAAUAGUGUCCGAACUGAAGGAGUGCACCCUGAGCAGCAAUCUGAGCAGUGUGGAGAGACACCACAGUGUGAGCAAACGGCGGUGAGAACGAGGGGAGGACAGUGAGACCCUGGACAAAGGGCUGCUAGGAUCUUCAAAACCAGGGGCAUAAUGCUGUCACUGAGCUGCUACAGACAGCAGGAGAUGAGACUCAGAGCUGUCAGUGACUGCAGGACAUGAGACACAGUGAAGCCCACUGAUAGCACUGUCUGAUGCUUGGAGCUUCCAGUGACACAAUCAAAAUGCUGCCAAGGGUCUGUGGGACCCAAAGCACAGAGCUGCUGCUGCUGAUUGAGAGAAGACACUUAUAAUUACCAGUCUUGAUACCCAGAGCUUCCAUUUUCCUUGGGAAAAGAACAUGUUUAGCUAGACAAAAAAAAAAAUAUCUGCAAACUUUAAAUGGACAUGGAAAAGAGACAUAAAGCUUUGAGAGCAGAAAAUCUGGAAAGGAGAACAGAGCUGCUUGUGAUAGAUUAACUUUGGGUAUAGGGUUGUCAUCAAGUGUGAUUGUUGGACAUAGAACUACAAAAGAGAUGAGGAGCUGCUGGUAUCAAUCGGGUAUGAAACAUGGCGACUACUGCCAGCUGGGCACGUAACACAGAGCUGCUGUCACUUAGGUCUCAGCCGCUAGCAUCAUGUGUAAAGAAAUGAAACUGCCCGUAACAUAAUAAAAACUGUUUGGGAGGCAUUUGGAAAAUCAAAAGUAAAAUCUAUUAGUACAGUA